AUGAGGCUUUGUCUCUAUGUCGGUGUGGGAAACAGCUGGGAAGGACUGUCUUCUGUUGACUUUGACCAGACACACCCCGAUGUCAAGCCCGGUGUUAAGCGUUUUGUUUCAGUAAUCAAAAGCAGAAACGGUCAUUCAUUAUCCGACUAUAAAGGAGAGAUGCCUGUCCCUGAUGAUAUUGGAAAGUAUAAGAAAUCAAAUCAUCUAAUCCGGGAUGAGAAAUCAUACGAUCGUGCAAAACUUGCAAACGAUCAUGUCAAGUUGUUUUCAACAAUAACCAAUGAACAGAAGGAUAUCUACAAUGAGAUAAUGGAUGCAGUUACAAGAGGUAUCGGUGGAAUGUUUUUUGUUUAUAGAUAUGGUGGGACAGGUAAAACGUACCUAUGGAGGCUUUUAGGCGCUGCUCUUCGUUCUCAAGGAAAAAUAGUUCUCAAUGUUGCAUCAAGUGGCAUUGCAGCAUUGUUAUUAGAGGGAGGAAGAACAGCGCAUUCUCGGUUUGGAAUACCCAUAGUUGUGAACGAGUAUACAUUCUGUAAUGUGAGUUCUGGAUCACACCAAGCAGAGCUGAUUGAAGCAGCCAAUCUUAUUAUAUGGGAUGAGGUAGAAUUAUAUUUGCCAAAGGUGUUCUCGCAUGGUCAACUUUAUGUCGCCGUCUCUAGAUUUACAUCACGCCAAGGGUUGAAGAUUCUUAUUACAGAUAAGAAUGGCAAAACACAAAAGAAGACAAUGAAUGUUGUUUACAAAGACGUGUUUGAAAACAUUUAUAGAAAUUCGCGGUUGGUUUGA